AUGCUAACACCUCUGCUCCACCUCAUUCUCCAUGGCAAGAAAGUAUCCUACGUUGGGCCUCGUUUUAAACUCAGUGCAGCAGCAGUUUACGCGACUAUCUCCUUGGCAUCAGGCGAGAGUUUGAAUUUUGUCGUCUCGCUCAGCCCCUACUACGAUCUACGUGCCAGUGGCGCGUACAAGAUUCGAUACCAGAAGUUUGUUCAUGGUGUCCUGGAAACUCAUUCUGCUGCUGCUAAGGCAACUAUCGUGUCGAACAUCCUGACACUCCAAGUCAAUGGCGUUAGCAAUGCAGUUUUGGAAGAAGCAGCUCGACGUCGUCUUCUGCUCAGUUCAAAAAAGAAAACCGCUGCGUCCCCUCGGAUCACCUUCAGUGACGAAUGUACUGACGAGCAGAAAGCCACCAUCAAAGCUGCUAUCGCACAAGCCAAAGAGUAUACGAAGCAAACACAACUUUUCCUGGCUAAUCACAUAUUAAAGGAAACAGCGCUUUGA